GGAAAUUGUAAUGAUUCAGGUAUUUAUAGGUUACAGUAACAAUAUCUUGUUAGGAGUCCUCUUAUCAGAUGUCUGGAUAGCCACAACUCCCUUAGCACCCAGCCGGCGGGAGGCUCCCUGGCACCCAGCAACCGCUGCACACUAUGCGCGAGGCCAGAGGGUAAAUGCUCGCUAGCCAGGAAUAGCCUCACACUCUGUGCCAGGACUGGCUUUCUUGCUGUAGCCACUGUUUGUGGGAGGUGGGUGUCAUAAGGACAGAAGUUGUCAUGUAGAGUGUGGGAGAGAAAUAAUCACUUUGCAGUAGCAAAUACAUUCAAAAGAUGAGUGGACCUGAGAUUAAUUGGAGGCCAAAGAGUAAUUCAAACAAGAUGAGACUAGGGUUGGUACAUAAACACUUUCUAAACUCUCACCAGGAUUUUGUUGUGACCCUCAGUGUGGCCUGGCUGUGAGGAGUUGAAGUCCAUCUUGUGGAUUAGCUUAGAGGCUUGAGUGGUCAUCUGUGAGACUCACUGUGCAUGCUGCAGAGGGCCAUCAGGGUUGGGACUUGAGUGAAGGUUAAGUGAGGGAUGUUGGCUGUGACUAGUGAAGGGACAUCAAGUGCAGCAUCACAAGAGUUUAGCUAUGGAUUUCUGAGAUCUGAUUGUUGUUCUUAAUAGUUGAGGUUGAAGGGGAAAAAAAGUCAUGGACAGAAGCCUACAUAGCAAGACACAAGACUGCCUCUAUGAGUGUGGACGAUCAGAAUCUGGGCAGUACUUGAUCCUGAUUCAAUUUGACAACCCUCCUCUGGACCACACAAGCUGAGUAAUAAGUAAAAGGCCAGGAGAUGAGUAUGGGGGCUGGGGCUGUGAUAGUGCAGGUGUAAGGGAGGUGUGGUAUAAAGAGUGAUGAGCACUUGGAGAGGGAUUAUGAAUUCAUGGCAAUAGGUCCCUGACAUUGACAUGAGAGUGAAUGGAGGGUGAUUCUAUUUAUGGUGGUCCCAGGGUGUAACCAAUGUGAAUUUUAGGAUAAUUGCCUGUAGAGAGGGGUGUUUGGGUGCUAUAUUCUAGGUUAAGAGCUUAGGUGCUAUUUAACUAACCACCUGCCUUUUGUUGUUGGGAGUGACCCACUGGUUGAUGGGAAUGAGAUAGCAUUCAUCAGUGUUACCCAGCCCUGUAAAUCUCCACUGGCAUGGGUAAGGAAGAAGGGUAAGAGAGAAAUGGAUCAUGGAGGUUGUGUGAACUGUAAUUUUGAUUACAGGUGAUUAGAAAAAAAUUAUCCACACCAUGGAAAAUUUGCAUUACCUUUGAUGUUGUGCCUCUGGGAAAGAAGCUGUGUGAGAGAAGUGUUGUUCAAAGAACUAUGUGCAGCAGGAUAUGAACUUUGAGGAUGUGGCAAUUGCCUUCUCUCAGGAAGAAUGGGGGAUCCUUGAUGAGGCUCAGAGACUUCUGUACUGCGAUGUGAUGCUGGAAGUGUUUGCACUUGUGUCAUCCAUAGGUUGUUGGCAUAAAAUUGAUGGUGAUGAGGCCUGUUCUGAUCAGAGUGUAUCUAUACAAAGAGAGUCACAGGUCAGGGCUUCUGAGACAGCUCCAAUCACCCAGAAGAUCCCUCUGUGUAAGCGAUGUUUCUCUGUGUUAAAAGGUAUUUUGCACCUGACUGGAUCUCAUGUAGCAUAUUUUGAGCAGAAAGCAUUCUGUAGUGACUCAUGUGUUGUAGACUUCUGUUUCAGUGCAAACCCUCAACAGAAAAAGAGGAAUGAAUGUGGACAGGUGCUCUGGAAACAUACUAUGGACAGGGCUUCCUUUGUGAGCAGCUCCAGCCUCUACUUAUCUUUGGUGCCUUCAACCAUCAUGGAGGAUAGGGAAGACUUACAGUACAAAUCAGAGUUUCCCAAGCACCACGCCACACUCAACACUGAGGAGCUACUCUGUCGCCGUGAGAUUUCACAGGAAUUUCACAGGAGAAAAAGUCAUCACCAGUGGGGUGAAUGUGAAAACGCUGCCAGCCACAACCUGAAAGUUGUUCAGUGCCCGGGUGUCUGUUCUGGAGAACUUCUUUAUGAGUGUAACAAAUGUAGGAAACUGUUUACACGAAUCUUUAACCUCAAUCGACAUAAGAGAGUUCACACUGGAGAAAAGCUGUAUGACUGUAGAGAAUGUGGGAAGUCCUUUCAUCGAAUGGCUCACCUCACUGAACACCUCAGAGUUCACACUGGAGAGAAGCCAUAUGAGUGUACUGAAUGUGGGAAGUCUUUUAGCCUAAAAUCUAACCUUAUUAGACACCUGAGAGUUCACAGGGGCGACAGGCGAUAUGAGUGCUGUGAUUGUGGAAAGUCCUUUAGUGAUAAGUCUUAUCUCAAACAGCACCAGAGGGUUCACACUGGAGAAAAGCCGUAUGAGUGUAGAGAAUGUGGGAUGUCCUUUCCUCGAAGGGCUCACCUCAAUGUACACCUCAGAGUUCACACUGGAGAGAAGCUGUAUGAGUGUAGAGAAUGUGGGAAGUCCUUUCGUCAAAGUGCUUACCUCACUGAACACCUCAGAGUUCACACUGGAGAGAAGCCAUAUGAGUGUACUGAAUGUGGAAAAACUUUUAGCAUAAAAUCUAACUUUAUUAGACACCUGAGAGUUCACAGGGGCGACAAGCGAUAUGAGUGCUGUGAUUGUGGGAAGACCUUCAGUGAUAAGUGUAACCUCAAACAACACCACAGUGUUCACACUGGAGAAAAGCCGUAUGAGUGUAGAGAAUGUGGGGUGUCCUUUCGUCUAAAGGCUCAGCUCACUGCACACCUCAGAGUUCACACUGGAGAGAAGCCGUAUGAGUGUACUGAGUGUGGGAAGUCUUUUAGCCAAAAAUCUAGCCUUAGUAGACACCUGAGAGUUCACACUGGAGGGAAGUGUUAAAUGUGCAUGGAAUGUUUUAUUUUUCUCAGUAUAACAACACUGAAGGUGACUCUUUGGGACUAUUUUUCUGAAUUUAAAUUCAUUUUAAUGGAACAUACACUCUGCUAGAUUCGUCAUAAGUUUCAGGUACAAGUGAGACUUGAAGGAGCUGCAUUGCACUUGCUA